GUCUGUUUUUUUAUUGGAAUAUACCAAUAAACUACAUCAAAUUUGUUAGUAUAAUAUAAGUUAUAGUUAAAUAUAAUACGCACAGUCUAUUAUGUACCACAUAAUCAUCAUAUAUCACCGAGGAAUUCAUAUUCAUGUUACACCGGAAAUAAAUAAGAAGACGAAAAUACUGGCCUUAUGAAUUAACAUAAUCGGAAAGAUUCAUAUUGUAAAUAAAAUAUUUAAAUUUGGCAUUGGGUGAUUAGCUCGAAAUAGUAUAAAAGCAUAUCUCUUUGUGUUCUUUUUGGCUGUUUUGCUAAAUAAGUGCGCAAGAUGAAGACUAUUUUGCGGGUGUUAUCAUUGUUUACUUGUUUAAUUCAAUGUUUAAGUAUUGACGAAAAUGCAUUUCCUUAUAUUUUCCCAAAUGUGCCGCCUAUUAAAGACUUAGUGAAUUCCGGAUUUGAGGAAGACGGUCUUUUAGACUUUAUCGGUCUGACGAAGAAAUACGGAUACACCUCAGAGGAACACGAAAUCAUCACCAAGGAUGGAUACAUCCUGACUGUAUUCCGGAUCCCGAGGAGGAAGGCUUGCAACCACUCAGAGCCACCAGAUCCUGUCGUGAUGAUGCAUGGUCUUCUGAAGUCGUCCGAUACCUUCGUCACACCUGGCGUAGGACUAGCGUAUACCCUGGCAGACUCUUGCUACGACGUCUGGUGUGCCAAUGUCAGAGGAAACAGAUAUUCAAGGGAACAUGUAAAGUGGGAUCCAGAUAAAGACAAAGAGUUUUGGCAGUUCAGUUUCCACGAACAUGGCACGAUUGAUUUAGCGACUACAGUGGAUUACGUCCUCAACGAAACAAAAUCAGAAAAGGUUAGCUUCAUAGGCCACUCCCAAGGAACCACAAGUUUCUUCGUGCUGACAUCAUCCCGUCCAGAUUAUAACCGUAAAAUCAAAGUUGCGAUAUGCCUCAGUCCUGUGGCGUACUUGAACCAUAUAGGGAAUCCAGUUUUGAAAAUAUUUUCAAGAUUUAAUGACGAAAUAAAAUAUUUGCUGGACGCUUUUAAUAUACAUGAAGUCUUCGGAAAACAGCUGCUUCCGAGUCGAUUGCUAGAGGUGGCUUGCCAGUACAUCCCUGAUCUAUGUUCUGCUGUACGAUACAUCUUUUUCCUCCAGAGGACAGAUAGCACUACACAUACAAGAUUAAAGAUCAUAGCUGGACACGUCCCUGCCGGUACUUCAGCUCAGAAUUUACAUCACUUUUCCCAGAAUAUCAAGGCGGAUUUCUUCAGAAGAUACGAUGCAGGGGUCAAUAAAAAUUUAGAGAACUACGGCCAACAGGAACCCCCAGAUUAUGAUCUGAGUAAGGUGGCAGCUCCAGUUGUGCUAAUCUGUUCCAAUGACGAUGCGAUAGCGACUCCUCAAGACGUGGAAAGGUUAAGAGAUGAGCUUCCGAAUGUUCUAGAUAUGUUUACUUUGAGGGACCCCCACUGGGGACACUUGGACUUCACAGAUGGUAAUGAUAUUCCACUUGAACUGGCUCCUAAAGUCUUGGAAUAUUUAAUGGUAACAAGGGAUGACCGCUAAACAUGCAUGUCAGUUUAAAAGUGAUGAUUCUUAUGUUAUACAAAUAUAUUAUUUUAGUGUGCAUAUGAGUAAGUAAUUGAUUUACUUUAAAAUAAUAAAAAUUAUCAGUGGCAAUUUUUUGUGUACUU